UUUUGACAGCUACACUUCCUCAUACUUUGACUGAGAUUAGCUGUGAGUGUGUGUUAGUCGGUGUGACGGUCAUGAAGGACGGCAGCGGAGCAGCAGAACAGGCGGAGGUUUCCCGCCAGGAGCUCUAUGAGGAUUAUGUGAAGUGUUACCGGCAGCCGUGUCCGGAGGCUCGGCCGUGCCGCGAUGAGCGGCUGCUGAAGAAGGCGGCUCAGUAUCUGCUGAGGGAGCCGGAGUCGGGGGGGAUUUUCACCGUGUUCCCGUUUUACCAGGCUGUGGCCGAGGACCAUGAAGCCCUGAGCACGGACUGCAGGAGACACCUGUCCGCCUUCAUUAAAGCCACCGAGCUGCUGGAGACUCUCUGCGUCAACCUGUUCCUCCAACCCUGGAAGAAGGAGUUCAAGACUCUGAAGACUUUUACAGGUCCAUUUGUUUACCGUCUUCUGCCAGUUCUCAGCAGUUUCACCAUUCAGUCAGUCCUGGCCUCUAUUGGCUACCUGCCCAACACCGACGCCCCACACAGUGAGUUCAGACUCAGUGAGGAUGCUGACCCGGACAGAGCCAUACUGCUGGGCUUCGAGCUGCUGCUGGCCAGGGUGGAGUGUAGCAACCUCCUGGAGCAGCCGGUUACAGAUCAGCAGGGACCGCAGCCACAGGAGUGGCUGGAUCUUCUGCAGAGGAGAGGGGGGCCUUCAAAACCAGAGGCACCCACAGCAACGAAGACAACAACAGAGCGAAGGGAAGAGGAGAGGAAGAAGGAAGAGGCAGAUAAAAAAGAGGUACCUCUGUAUUCUGACACCAGGAUUGCAGUGAAGCCCCAGCCCAAGCCUCGACACAUCCACCUCAUCAGCGCAGACCAGUCCAUCAUUGAGAUGCAGAGAACCUACCCUGACCUGGCCUUCAGGGGCCGGCUCCUGUUGCCAGACAAGCCUCACCCAGCGAACGGCAGCAGGAGCAGCAGUAAAGCUGUCCUCGCUGUCGGUCAUCAUUACAGCGAUGACAGUAAAGAUGCGGAGCUCUCCAAAAGAGACGCCAGAGCUGCUGCUACAGCUGUCUGCAGUAACAGUGAUGGAAGUAAAGCCGGGGAGGUGUUGGGUGACAGUGUCAGAAGUAGUGGUUGUAGUGACAGGAACAGUGGUGGGACCUCCACCCCCGCAAACCCCGCGAGCAGCAGCUUCAUCAACACUGAUGAUGAUGAGUUCAGCGGCCCUCAGGCCAUUUCCCUUCACAUCACACUGAGAGCUGGAGCCAAGGCAGAGCAGGACCAGAGGCCCGGAGAGUCUCAGCCUACAGCAGGGCCUCAGCAGGCUGCAGCAGGUGAACACAACAAGAGGCCGACCCAACCAGAGCCUUCCUCUCUGACCACCGAGGACGAUGAGGAGGAUCUGAGAGGGCUGGCAGAGAGGAUGGGCCAGCUCCGUGUGCAGGAGCACAAACAAAAGGAGCUGAGGAGAAGAGGAGAGAACAGGAGAAGAGAGGACAGCACGAAUAAAGAGAGGAGGAAGAAAGACAGAAAGGUGAGCACAGAGGGAGAGGCGGAGGAGCAGAAGCUCAGGAAGCCGGUGAUGGAGACGGGUCCAGCACUGAACCAUGAGGCCAGCAGGUGCAGCGGAUCCUCUCAGCCCGAUCCUGCAGCGAUGAAGGAGCAGAAGCAGUCCACUGUGACAGACUGUGAGAGCUGUGAAGGAGGAGGCAGCACGGGGCAGCAGGAGGGAGGAGAUCCUGGCCCGGAGGAGGAGGAGGAGGAGGAGGAGGAGGAGCCUCCACAGAGCUUUGUCAUUGUCUAGCAUCACAGCAAAUGAUUUCAUUUCAUUUGUGUCAAUGCAUGGUUUUUCCUAAUGAUGUGAACUCUGCAUCAUGCUCCUUUUCUUUUUCACUGUUAAAGGCCCUUAAUCUAUUUUAUCAUAUUAACUGCCGGGAUAUUUAAAUGCAUUGUUGUAAUGGCGGUGGAUGAGAAAACAGCAUUUUGUGUUUCUCUACUGACCAGAAUUGCAAAACUGUUUACUCCAGUACACAUAUUUAUUCACUUGAAUUGGAAAGUGGUGUCAGACUUUUGGAGCCCACUGUAUUUGUUGUCAGUCUGUGUAUCAGAACACCUGUCAGACUAAAUAAAGGUUCACAUUUGUGAUUAAGAUUUUU